AGCGAGAAGACAAUUGCACAGACGCGACCAUAUUUGCGUGCGGCGGGAUCAUCGAACACCCCAAGCAAUGCUGGCAAUCGUGCUCGUGCUCGUGGCCGGGUCCAUGGUGUCCGUGGAGCCCGCUUGUGUCUACUCUACCCUUGCUGCAACCAAAGUCGUCGUCGCGGACAAGUCACUAUGUCCAUCCGGGAGCGAGACGUGUGUUGUCGACAGCACGACGUGCGCGGUUGAAAGCGCGGGGUCGUAUUGGGACGCCAUCGGCUACUUUAAGGACAUCUCUACGACGUAUACGGCCUGGGGUUUCGACGGCAGUGGCCCGGCGACGGUCAACUUGCAAAUGGCAGAAUUCCCCGACCGACUGACGGACCUAGCAUUCCGGGGCUUGACAAUCGUCCCGCCAUACAAGCCAAAGCAAUGGCCGUCGAACUUGAUCAAAUUGUACGCCUCGACGACGACGCGUGCUCACCGCUUGACGCUCUUGGCAGGAACGUCUCGUUGGCCAGCAUCAAAAACAUCAGCGACUUGUAUCCGCUCCCGUCCCAGCUCAAGAUGCUGUUUGUCCCGUCGAACUCGCUAACGUCCAACGACGAAUUGCAAUCCCUUCCGCGAUCGAUCACGAAACUGUCCAUCCAGGGCAAUCGGUACAAGAGCUUUGCCAACUUGAACUGGACCAACAUGACCCUCGUGUACCUCAACGGGUGCUACAUGCUGCAGUCGAUGGACAUGGUUCGCUUCAGCUCGGCCAUUGAAAACGUGGAUGUGUCGGAGCUGACGAUCACGCGAUGGAUCAUGGACAACAGCACAUUCAUGGCGCUCAACUCGCUUCGUCCGUACACGACGACGGCGGCCGACGACGGGUAUCGCCACUACAUGGGUUACGGCGCCACAGCGACCACGAUUAAGACGUCGGGUGCUGACUGCGGUCCACGCAACGGGAUGAUCCAAGAGCUAUGGCCAGACAAGGCAUUGCGCUCCUCGUCUUCCAGUGCGUUCACUGUCUGUGUUGUCAAAGACGCGAUCGACGUGCCAUCGACGUCCGCCCCCGCCCCAUCCACGUCCGCACCUGCCAUCUCCACCACCACCCAACCACCGAUGCUCACGUCGCCGACAUCGCCGUCGAAUACUGGCAUGGUGGUUGGUGUCGUUGUUGGAGUCGCGGCAGUCCUGGGGUUCGCGUGCUUUUGGUACAUGCGGCGUCGACAUCGCGACAGUCGACCCAAACAACCAAAUGUUGACGACGUGCCAUCAUCCAUGCCGCCGCACCCCACGACCCCCCAAGCGCAGUACACUCCAUUCAAGACGCCAUCCGUGCGGCGCCCGAGCGACAACACCUGCGAUUCCAUCGACCUGCGAGCGCUGGCCUCGAUCCGUCUGAACGAGCGCGACGUCCACCUGCACGACAUCAUGGGCACUGGCGCGUUUGCCAACGUGUGGGCCGGAUCGUUUCGCGGGGACGCCGUCGCCGUGAAGGCGCUGCUGUCGACUUGCGUAACCCCGCACCAUGUCGAGUCGUUUGUGGCCGAGAUUCAACUCAUGGCAUCGUUCCAUUCGCCGUAUAUCGUUCGUGUGGUGGGGGCGUGCUGGACCGCCCCGUCCGAUCUGAAAUGCGUCAUGGAGUUCAUGGACGGCGGCGACUUGAAACACUACCUCGACACCCACACCGCCGCCGCGUUUCCGUGGGUUCAAAAGUACCGCCACAUGCACAGCAUCGCGGAAGGCCUCGCGUACUUGCACGCCCGAAACGUGAUCCAUCGAGACAUCAAAUCGCGCAACGUCGUCGUGGAUUCGACCCACGGAACCAAACUGACCGACUUUGGCACGUCGAAGGAGGACAUUUUGGCCACGAUGACGAUGGGCGUCGGAACAUUUCGUUGGAUGGCGCCCGAGGUGCUGCAGGACGCGGGGUACACUAUAUCCGCCGACAUUUACUCGUUCGGGAUGGUCCUGUCCGAGCUCGACACGCACCAUGCGCCGUAUGUGGACCAUGUAAAUCCCGCGAACGGCCAUCCCGUCGCCGACGGCGCCGUCAUCCUCAAGGUCAUCAACGGCUCAAUCAAGCCAACGUUUACGCCAGAGUGUCCGCGGUGGGUGUUUGACCUCGCGAUGCGGUGCCUCGACUUGGACCCGACGAACCGACCGACGGCCAUGCAAAUCUCGUUUGAAAUCGGCAAAUUCCUCCACGAUCUCUAGCGCGAUAUUUGCACUGGUCUGCGUGUGUGGUUUGCAAAUCGCAUCGAUCGCUCCCAUGUGUAUUAUCUUUGGGUCAUGCUACUGACACAAUGGACGGCGUGUUUCUAC